UAACACUCUUAUAUUAUACUCUCUUUCAACUAAAACCAAGGUAGAAAAAGGAACAGUUUAUCAAUAAUAAUCAAAAAUGGGUAAAAGUCACGGUUAUAGAUCUCGUACUCGUUACGCCUUCGCCAGAGAUUACAAGAAACAUGGUGCUCUUCCAUUAUCAACCUACUUGAAGGUCUACAAAGUAGGUGAUAUUGUUGAUAUCAAGGCUAACGGUUCUAUCCAAAAGGGUAUGCCACACAAAUACUACCAUGGUAAAACUGGUAUUGUUUACAACGUUACCAAGUCUUCAGUUGGUGUAAUUGUUAACAAAAUCGUUGGUUAUCGUUACCUCGAAAAAAGAAUUAACUUAAGAGUCGAACAUGUUAAACACUCCAAAUGUCGUCAAGAAUUUUUGAAUAGAGUCAAAGAAAACGCUGCAAAAAGAACUGAGGCCAAAGCCAAAGGUGUUUCAGUUCAAUUGAAAAGACAACCAGCUAAACCAAGAGAAGCAAGAAUCAUUUCCACCAAAGGUAAUGUUCCAGAAACCUUAGCUCCUGCCUCCUAUGAAACUUUCAUUUAAUUUAAUUUAUUAUACUUAUAUCAUCUAUUUAAUUUUAUAUAUAACUAAUAAUUAUGUUACUUGAAAUCUUCUAUAAUCAAUUCAAUCUCAAUAAUGAGUGUCAUUAGAUAUUAUGUAUUUUUAAUCUUACUGUUUUGUUUUUAGUUUC